UACUCUUUAGCAUAUAAUAAUUGGUUCUGCAAGCUGGGUAAACAAGAAGAAGGAUAAUAAUGGCUGAAGAAGAUAAGAAUUUCGAGCUUAAAGAAAAGGAGAAUAUUGACCUUGAAAAGGGGGAUAGUGUCGAGCUUAGGUUCCUAACUAUUGAUGGCAUUGAAGUAGGUCGUGGUAGUUAUGCAUCAUCACUGACUGUUGAGGCUCUUAAGCAACAGCUCGUUCCUCUAUGGCCUGAAGGCACAACGCGCACUCCGAAUUCAGGAAGUGAUUUGAACCUAGUAUACAAUGCCAAACGUAUGGAGAAUAACAUGACGGUGGCCGAUUGCAUAAAAACUUGUGUGUACGUCCCUGAGAGGGUUAUUACCAUGCAUGUGGCCGUACAGACUCCAGCAGCUGAAAAAGAGAGGGAUAAGAGGCAGGAGCCGAAGAGGCGGGAACAAUGCGGUUGUAACAUCGUCUAAAUCUGUGUUGACAUUUCUGAGGUUACAAUAAUAUUAGUGGAAUAUCACAGUUGAAUUGGCAAAGAAGUAACGAAGGGCUGCUGUUUUCGAUAUGUGAAGCAAACUCUCAUGAUACCUGACCAAAAAAACAAUUUCCUAGUGUUGUAAACUUGUUUGUCUGCUCACUCUGGUGGAGCAAAACCAUUUCACAUUUCAAUUUUUUUUUUCCUGCUCACUCUGGUGGAGCAAACCAUUACACAUGUAAAUUCUUUUGUCUGCUCAAUCUGGUGGAGCAAACCCUUACACAUGUAAAUUCUUUUGUUUGCUCACUCUGCUGGAGCA